AGUUCACUGAGCGCUCCCGGGUGGGGAGAGCCAGAAGGCAGCCGGCUUGUCGCGCCGCUCUCUGACAAGCGUCUGCAGGACCGGCUUGGAGCAGCGCGAGGUGGCGAACCGGAGGCUGGGGACGGCCAGGAAAAAAAUAAUACUGCUGAAAUGAAUCACCAAGGAUAUGUUGCAGCACCUCCAUAUUCCCAGUCCCAGCCAGGAAUGGGAGGGUUUUCUGCUGGCUAUGGACAAACAGUUUCUUCACCUCUGCAUGGACACUAUAAUGAUGCAAAUCCAGCACCUUCUGCGUCUCAGUCAGGUACAGGUAUAUUGAAAGCAAAUACGCCUUUUGGAGUUCCUCCUGUCAUUGGAUCUCCACCUCAUAGCCUCCACCCAGCUAAGCAGAUUAAUUUCCAGAAUGGACCCAGCACUGCAGCAGCACAGCAGCCACACAGAUUUCCAGCUUCUCCACCUUCUUAUCCUUCCUACCAUCAGUCUUUACAAUCCUAUCCAAAUAGCCCCCCUCUGUCUACAGUACAGCUGACAAAUCAGCUUGGCAACAUGCAAAUAAGUAGUUAUGGUCCUAGUAAUGCUCAGAACCCACCUUCUUCUGGGCCUUUAGGCCUUCCAUCAUCUUUGCAAGGACCACCACCUCAGCCACAUCAAAUGGCUUUGCCAGCACGUCCUCCUAUUUCUCCACCAAAUAACUUGAAUAGUCAUUGCACUCCACCUUUGCCUCCUUCAAUGGCCAGGCAGGAGGGAAUCCCUGGUUCAAAUCCAUUGAACACCAACUUGCCACAGCAACUUGCAAGUGAACCCCCAGGUCCUGGGUUUUCUUCUCAGUAUGGAAAUUAUGGUCCUCCAAUGGCAGGGACACAACUGUCUUAUCCAAGUGGCCUUCCCUCAGGUCCAGCACAAUUAGCUGGACCACAGCAGAGGAAACUUGAUCCAGAUUCCAUUCCAAGCCCAAUUCAAGUAAUUGAAAAUGAUAAAGUUUCCAGAGAAGGUCAGACCUAUGCUACCAAUAUCAGAGGUCAAGUCCCUCCUCUUGUUACAACAGAUUGUGUGAUCCAAGAUCAAGGUAACACCAGUCCUCGUUACAUUCGAUGUACCUCUUACUGCUUUCCUUCAUCUUCAGACCUAGCAAAACAGGCUCAGAUUCCAUUAGCUGCUAUCAUCAAGCCUUUUGCCAAUAUUCCAGCAAAUGAGACACCACUUUAUCUGGUAAACCAUGGGGAAAAUGGACCAAUUCGAUGCAAUCGGUGCAAAGCUUACAUGUGCCCCUUCAUGCAGUUCAUUGAGGGAGGAAGAAAAUAUCAGUGUGGGUUUUGUAACUGUGUGAAUGAUGUUCCUCCAUUCUAUUUUCAACAUCUGGAUCACAUUGGUAGAAGAAUAGACCACUACGAAAGACCAGAGCUCUCACUUGGAUCUUAUGAGUAUGUUGCUACUUUAGAUUAUUGCAAGAACAACAAGCCGCCCCAGCCACCAGCCUAUAUUUUUAUGAUUGAUGUGUCAUACAAUAACAUAAAAAGUGGUCUUGUUAAGCUCAUUUGUGAAGAACUAAAAACCAUGCUGAACAGACUUCCAAAGGAGGAGCAAGGCGUUUCAACAAUUCGAGUUGGAUUUGUCACUUACAAUAAAGUCCUCUUUUUCUUCAAUGUAAAAAGCACUCUCGCGCAACCUCAGAUGAUGGUAGUUACUGAUGUCAGUGAAGUAUUUGUACCUUUGUUGGAUGGCUUCCUUGUCAACUUCCAAGAGUCACAAUCUGUUAUAAAUAACUUGCUGGACCAGAUUCCUGAGAUGUUUGAAGAUACAAAUGAGAGCGAGACAGUCUUUGCUCCAGUGAUCCAGGCAGGCAUGGAAGCACUCAAGGCAGCAGAGUGUGCUGGAAAAUUGUUUAUCUUUCACUCUUCAUUGCCUACUGGAGAGGCACCAGGGAAGCUGAAGAGUAGAGAUGACAGAAAAUUGGUCAAUACAGAAAAAGAGAAGAUGCUGUUUCAGCCCCAGACAAAUAUUUAUGAGGCCUUAGCCAAAGACUGUGUUGCUAACGGCUGCUGUGUAGAUCUGUUCCUUUUCCCAAGCCAGUAUGCAGAUGUAGCUUCCAUGGGCCUUGUGACUUUGCAUACUGGAGGCACACUGUACAAGUACAACAAUUUUCAGAUACAUUCUGACAGUCAUCAGUUUCUGAAUGAUUUGGGGAAGGAUAUAGAAAAAAAAGUGGGCUUUGAUGCUAUUAUGAGAGUUCGAACUAGCACAGGUUUUAGAGCAACAGACUUCCUGGGAGCUAUUUACAUGAACAAUACCACAGAUGUUGAGCUGGCAGCAAUAGACUGUGACAAAGCUGUGACUGUGGAGUUCAAGCAUGACGAUAAAUUGAAUGAAGAUGGUGGGGCUUUAAUCCAGUGUGCAGUCCUUUACACAUCCACGACUGGUCAAAGACGACUGCGCAUACAUAACAUUGGACUCAACUGUAGUUCCCAGUUAGCUGAUGUCUAUAAGAGCUGUGAGACUGACGCACUAGUAAAUUUCUUUGCAAAAUCAGCUUAUAAAGCCAUUCUCAGCCAGCCUUUGAAGACUGUCCGUGAGAUCCUGGUGAAUCAAACAGCUCGCAUGUUGGCGUGUUACAGAAAGAACUGUGCUACCCCAUCUGUAGUGAGCCAGCUUAUCCUUCCUGAUGCGAUGAAAGUGCUUCCUGUCUACAUGAAUUGCCUUCUGAAAAGCUGUGUGCUGUUGGGCAGGUCAGAGAUUCCCACAGAUGAAAGAACUUUUCACAGACAGCUGGUCAUGUCAAUGGAUGUUGCUGGCACCCAACUGUUAUUCUACCCUCAGCUUCUGCCAAUUCACUCUAUGGAUGUAAAUAAAGAUGUAAUUCCUCCUGCUGUUCGCUGCUCGGAAGAACGUCUGUCUGAAGGAGGAGUAUUCCUACUGGCAAAUUCUCUGCACAUGUUUCUGUGGCUCGGAGUCAGUGCCCCACCAGAUCUUGUCCAAGGGGUAUUUAAUGUGCCUUCCUUUGCGCAUGUCAGCACUGAGGCUACACGUCUUCCAGAACUGGAUAAUCCCUACUCUUCAAAACUGAGGUCCAUAAUAGAUAAACUCCAAAGCAGAACACCUUAUUCCAUGAAGAUCCUGAUUGUGAAACAAAGAGAGCAGACAGAGAUGGUUUUCAAACAGUUCUUGGUUGAAGACAAGAACAUCUACGGAGGAGCUUCUUAUGUGGACUUCUUAUGUUGUCUUCAUAAAGAAAUAUGUCAGCUUCUCAACUAAUGGAUAUUUUGAUGUUGGUUCUUUCUGCAUUUGUUCAGAACCUAUUCAAGAAUGGCCAACCACCGCAAGGUGCUUUAUACUGCUACCCUAUUGUACAGUUUCUAAUUUUGUAGAUUAGUGUCCUGUUUCAUAAUGUAGCCACCUACAUUUAUGUAGACUAGGCAAGUACGUGCUCAGGUAUAACUCCUAUGGGAGAGCCUUUAUCCUUCUUUAAAAGGAAGCAAGUUUCUAAUGGCAAGGUUUGGAAUCCUGGAAUCUGUACAAAACGUGGUUAUUUCAUAAAUUUCAAUAAAUUGCAAAGCAUUAAGUCCUGUUAUGUAUGAUUUGCAUUACUCUUGUAAUUUUUUGGUUCUUGUUACUGUACCCUUUGACCUAUUACUUUUUUUCUGCCAGCUCACAUUUAAUUUAUGGUGUUCCUUGUGCUUUUUAUUAUUUUGCAUGCUAUGGUGCUUUGUGACAUGGCUUUCAAAAUAGUGGACUGUCAGCCCCAGCAAAACAGCCAAAGAUUGGGGCCCCUGGAAAUUGUGGCUCUCCAGGUAUAACUGGCCUAUAUGUGCCUCCCACUCACUUGAUUUUGUAAAUAAUUUUAAAACUAAUUAUUUUUUGGAGUGAUAUGGGAAAGAAGGAAGCCAUUUUGCGGGGGGGUUGAUUUAGUUCUUUUUACAUGCAAUUUUUAUUUUUGACAGAGAAUCUUUUUGUGUUGACCGUGCCCAGAUGCAGCCUCAACAUAUUCCACAAGGCCUUUCAUCCAAAUCUUUGUUUAACAUACUCCACACUCCCAUUACUGUACAUGAGCCAAAACAAUUGAGUUGUAACACUUUUUCUGUGAGACAAUAUUAAGGGACUUGGGAUUCUUUUUGUUUAGGACAUAGCAAAAUUUAAUGCCUUGCAAAAAACUAAGUAGCAAUUGCUAUAACUAGAAUUAUUAGAAUAUUACAUGACCUAAAGAAUGACUGUUGGGAUAAAUGAACCUUUAAAAAUUUAAACUUGUACAACAUACUAACUUCCAAGACCUGGAAAAUGUACUACCACUUGAAAGAUACUAUUGUUACUUUAUUCCUAAAAUAAAGUUAUUUGACUAAGGCAGCAAGUUU